GUUGGCAAUGCUGUACAAAUUGUACCAGAAGAAUCCUCCCGUUGAGCUUACAGCUCCAAAAAGUAAAAAUGGCGGAUUUGAACUUCCGCCUUUUACAACUUGAUUUACUACCAGCCGCCAUUGUGAAAAAAUCACUUAAAAUUAAAUCUUAGCUUAAAUCUUAAAAACUAACUUAAAUAUACUAAGAUACCGAUUAAACAUAAAGAAAAUAAAAAGAAGAAAAAACUAUUGUUAAAACUUCUGCUUGAAGAUUCAAACAAGUUUUUUCAGUCGGAACCAAUACGUUCCAACAUUUUUUAACAAUAGUGCACCCCGAUCAAAAAGGCCAAAACCACAGCAACUAAAGUAUGCCGCCAAAAAAGACCCAAGAUGCCUUCUUCAAAUCCAACAAGACACGCAGAUCACCAAUACAAGAUGAAUUCAAUUGCUGCUCAUGCGACCAACCGGAUUCCUUUGAAGACAUGGUCCAAUGCGACAGAUGCAAAUCGUGGAGCCAUUUUACAUGCGCCGGAGUCGAUAGUUCGAUACAAAAUCAACCUUGGACAUGCGCCACGUGCACGACAGGUAAGUCUACUCAUUUACCUAUUAGUACAAAAGUAGUUUUCGCGUCUGCUGGUCAGGAUAUUAUCCCAAUAGAAAAUAUUAGCCAAACCCCUGUCGUCAAUAUUGCUUUAAAUACUACGUCUUCAUCAAAUAUAAACGCCUUAACCUCCGAUGACAUAAUUUCAUUGGUGCGUGCUACGACAAUCGAUUCGAAUCAAAACGUCACAUCAAGCCUAAUGCAUGAAACGAAUUCUGCAGUUUACACUACAUCUGGGGUGGAACCUACAGCGAAUGCAAUUGGUCUUGCCUCUACAUACGAUGCGUUGACGUAUACUGUAGAUUCCGUCAAUGCCUGUUUGCCUCAUGCUUCUUUAAAUGCCCCAUAUGAUCAGUCUAUAUUCACUUCAGCCAAUAGGGUAUUUGUAUCUUCUGCCUUUGGUGGAAAAACAACAUAUACUACAAACGUUAACCCAUAUCCUAACGAAACCCUUCCAAUAAACAGUCGUCUAAGCUACGCAGCGUUUCCGUCAUCGAAUGUUGCUUUGAGUCUCGCAAGUACCAUCAACCCAAUAUCAUCAUCAGUCCAAAUUACAUCUUCCUCUGCUAUGAGUAGUACCCAACUUCCACAAAACCAUAUGCCUGCUUCCCAUGCGACCAUCAAAAAAUCCAAUGUUCAGGGUAAUACCUCAAAGAGUUUGUGGUCCGUUAGCACCAGAGGUUCUGCAAAGCUAAAACUUGAGUUGCAGAUGUUGGAGGAGGAGAAUCUUUUGAGGGCGAAGCGUGAUCAAGAAGAACUGAAACUGAAAGAAACACGGGAUAAGGAAUACUUGCAGAGAAAAUAUAAACUCCUUCGUCAGCUAGCGGAUAAUACAUCAGAAUCUGAGGAGGAUGACGCCUCUUCAUCAAUAACGAAAGUUAAAAGCUGGCUGAACAAAAAUCCGAACGACAAUCUCGCAUCAACAACGAUCAGCUAUCCCCCAGCGAGCAAUACACAGAUUCCACACAUGCCAAAACAUGUGCCUCCACCGCAACUUAAGAAGUCAACAUUGCACCAUCAAUGCGCGUGGCAACCUGAGCAGCCCUCUCGACCACUAAAUCAACCACACAACCAUGCCUUUCCACCACCGCAGCAACAGCACUCGUUUGCCAUUCUACCUUCGCAGCAACAGCAGUCAUUUGCUCUUCCACCACCGCAGCAACAGCAGUCGUUUGCUCUUCCACCACCGCAGCAACAGCAGUCAUUUGGCAUUUACAACACCCAUGCUCCUCUACCACCCCAACAACAGCAUUCAUUUGACAUCUACAACUCAUAUCGCGGCAACUCUUCAACUCAACAGAUGUCUGGCCUACCUCCGUUUGGACUGUCCAACCAUCAUGGACUUUCAAAAGCCAAUAUAGCGUCUCGACACCUGAUAUCACGAGAUCUACAAAGCUUCGCAGGAAGCCCAGACGAAUGGCCAUUGUUUAUUUCGAAUUUUUGUAGAAGUACCGAAAUAUGUGCCUUCACAGAUGAAGAGAACCUUGUAAGACUACAAAAAUCGUUGAAAGGAAAAGCUUUGGAAGCAGUUCGAAGUCUUCUUAUUCAGCCGAGCUGCGUGCCUCGCGUUAUAUCUACACUCAAAAUGCUAUACGGAGACCCAGAACUGGUUGUUCAUGCACUGACACAAAAAAUACAAUCAACACCAGCUCCCAAAAGUGAAAAAUUGGAGACUCUUGUGAACUUUGCGCUUAUUGUCCAAAAUCUAUGUGCAACCAUUGAGGCUUCGGGUUUAGUAGCCCACCUUAACAACGCAACAAUUCUGAAUCACCUAGUACACAAACUGCCUCCGACUAUCCGCCUUGAUUGGGCGAGACAUAAACGAGGAAUACCAGAUUGCAACCUGUCCCAUUUUAGUAUGUGGAUAUAUGAGCUUGCUGAAGCUGCGAACAGCGUUCUUUUACCUGACAUUCCGUCAUUCACAUCCGAAUAUAAACAACAAGGAAAAAAAGACGCUAAAAAAGGUUUUCUCAAUGUCCACGAUGAUUAUGCAAGCCCUGAUGUCCUACAAGUAAUAAAAUCCAGAUGUUGUAUAUGCCAAGGAGAUUGCGAGUCGGUCGUCGACUGCAAAGAAUUUUUGAAACUCAACCGUACAUCUAAAUGGGCAGCAGUAAGAGAGCACCAGUUAUGUCGCCGGUGCUUACAAAAGCACAGUAAUAAAUAUUGCACUUCCACCACUGUAUGUGGCAAAAACGGUUGUACAUAUAAGCACAAUAAGCUUUUGCAUAAUGAUGAACAACUGACAUCUAAGGCUGGACAGAUUCUACUCCAUAGGCAAAUGUACUGCAGCGCUCACAGCAACAACUCGGAUCUCAUCCUAUUCCGUGUUGUGCCCGUAGUGCUUUACAGUAGAAGCAACAAAAUUUACACCUUCGCCUUCCUAGACGAUGGCUCCUCUCUAUCUUUAAUAGACGAAGAUAUUGCUAGAGAGCUGAAGUUGAAAGGAACUCCACGGCCUCUUUGCUUGCAAUGGACUGGGAAUACCCACAGGUACGAAGAUAACUCAGAAAUAAUUUCUCUUCAAAUAUCUGGCACAGCACCAAAAGCAGAAAGAUUUACCAUUGCAGAUGUACACACGGUCAAGAAGCUACAGCUGCCUGAACAAUCUGUAGACUUUGUUCGUCUUCAGCAACAAUAUAAACAUUUGAGUGGAUUACCAAUAGAAUCAUAUGAGCGCGCGACACCACGAUUGCUUAUCGGCCUGAAUAAUUCCAAGUUGAGCCUUCCCUUGAGGUAUAGAGAGGGAAAUUCGAAUCAACCAGUUGCGACUAAAACACGUCUUGGUUGGAUGGUGCAUGGCUGUUUUGGUGCAAAACCUGCCGACAUGACAUGCCCUUACGAAUUUAAUGGCUUUCAUUGUUGUGAAUGCGACGAUUCUGAAUUACAGCGUUUGGUGAAAGGGUUUAUUUCAAGUGACACCUUUGGAGCUACGAACCUUGAAAAGACAAUUCUAUCAACUGAGGAUCAACGUGCAUUACAAUUGCUAAAUACUUACACCAUUCGAAGAAAAGGGCGCUUCGAAACAUGUCUUCUGUGGAAGACCGAUGAAAUACAUAUGCCCGAUAGCCUUCCAAUGGCCAAAAAGAGAUUGUCCUGUCUUCACAAACGCAUGAAAAGAGAACCACAUUUAGCUGAAACACUUGACAAUAAAAUUAAAGAAUACGUGUCCAAGGGCUAUGCAAGAAAAUUGUCUGCUACCGAAUUAUCUGUUGAAAACCAAAAAGCUUGGUAUCUUCCGAUCUUCCCGGUUUACAACCCAAACAAACCAGGAAAGGUGAGGAUUGUGUGGGAUGCGGCAGCUAAAGUUCAAGGCGUAUCCUUAAAUUCAAUGCUACUCAAGGGUCCAGAUCAACUAACCUCACUAACCUCGGUUAUAUAUAAAUUCAGAGAAAAUCCCAUUGCAAUUUGCGCAGAUAUUAUGGAAAUGUUCCAUCAGGUACAGAUAAGGAACGAAGACCGCAGUUUUCAAAGAUUUUUAUGGAGCAAAAGCGAUAAACAAGAGCCAGAUGUAUAUGUGAUGAACGUAAUGACCUUUGGGGCGACAUGCUCCCCUUGUUCUGCCCAGUUUAUAAAAAAUAAAAAUGCUGACGAGUUCAGUCAAGCAUUUCCUAGAGCUGCCCGUGCCAUUAGGGAAAACCAUUAUGUCGAUGACCUAAUGGACAGCGUAGCUACCGAAGAAGAGGCAAUUCAACUGGCCAAAGAGGUUCGAUUUGUGCAUAGUCAGGGUGGGUUUAAAAUAAGGAAUUGGAUUUCCAAUUCGACGUCGGUCCUCAAAGCACUGAACGCAGAACCCACAGAUAAUAAAGAUUUAAACAUCGAUGUGGAACUGACCACAGAAAAAGUUCUGGGAAUGUGGUGGUGCACGUCAGUAGACUGCUUUACAUAUAAACUUAGUAAAAGCAUAAAUAAUUCCGAACUGCUUUUCGGUGUCCGGCGUCCCACGAAACGUGAUGUUCUUAGGAUUCUUAUGAUGAUUUUUGACCCUUUAGGCUUGAUAGCCCAUUUUCUUAUGUACGUCAAGGUUCUAUUACAAGAUAUUUGGCGCUCAAAAGUGGACUGGGACGAAGAAAUCAAAGAUUCUGAGUACACGAAUUGGCUGAAGUGGGUCAAAUUCUUGCCUUCAAUGGAAACGCUCCAAAUUCCUCGAUGCUACAUCACUCAUAACCCAAAAAGCGACUUUGAAAGACAGCUACAUGUUUUCGUAGACGCUAGUGAAAACGGAUUUGCUGCAGUAGCAUACCUGAGAAAUGAGACCGUUGAUGGAAUUGAGUGUUCUCUUAUCGGCGCUAAAACAAGAGUUGCUCCUCUGAAAAAUCUUUCAAUACCCAGACUUGAGUUGCAGGCUGCUGUUUUGGGUGCCCGAUUUGCCCAGAGUAUAGAGCAGUCGCAUAAUAUGAGCUUUUCGAAAAUUGUUUUUUGGUCAGAUUCAAAAACUGUACUCAGUUGGAUUCGAUCGGAUCACCGAAGGUAUAAACAAUUUGUGGCCGUCAGAGUAAGCGAAUUAUUAGAUCUCACUGACAUAUCAAAAUGGCGAUGGGUCCCCACGAAGAUGAAUGUAGCUGAUGAGGCAACAAAGUGGCAGAAGAUCCCAGAAUUCAAAACCACGAGUCGGUGGUUUACUGGACCCCAAUUCCUUAAGCUACAUCAGGAACAUUGGCCACAGGAAACUCCCAUUAAUGAAAACGAUACAGAAGAAGAACUUAAAACAUGCUUCCUCAAUAUCCACACAUCUAGAGAAAAUAUAUUUCGUUAUAAUGAAAACUCUAACUGGAUACGGUUGCUGAGAAGUACAGCUUUCGCACUCCGCUUUACUUAUAAUGCGCGUAGUAAGAAAUUUAAAUAUGAGAGAUCGGUCGGACCCCUUUCCCGAAAAGAACUUCAGUCUGCCGAGGUUGCACUUCUUAAAGAAGCUCAGUAUAGUGUGUAUGCUGAGGAAAUCGCAGACUUACAAGCUAACCAACUGAUAGAACGAUCUAGUAUAUUAUACAGUCUUUGUCCAGGUUUGGAUGAAAAUGGCGUCAUGAGGGCAGUCGGAAGGAUUCAGUAUGCAGAAGGGGUCGAUGAGAAUAUGAAACGCCCAAUUAUCCUUCCAAGAGAUCAUCGAGUGACCUUUCUAAUUAUUAUGCAGGUACACUGUAAGUACCACCAUCAACACCAUGAGACGGUAGUCAACGAAGUUCGGCAAAAAUUCCACAUAUUACAACUGAGAGCUGCUCUAGCCGCAGUAAGACGGGCCUGUCAGGUAUGCAAGAACAAUAGAGUUAAGCCACUUCAUCCUAUUAUGGCCCAACUUCCACCAGCCCGGCUUGCUUCCUUUUGCCGUCCGUUUUCUUUCGUCGGAGUAGACUACUUUGGACCAAUGAACGUAACCAUUCACCGAAGAACAGAAAAAAGAUGGGGUGUGCUUCUGACAUGCCUCACAACUAGAGCGGUACAUCUUGAGGUAGCACACUCACUGUCAUCGGACUCGUGUAUUUUGGCGAUCCGAAACUUCAUAGGCCGUCGUGGAACCCCAAUCGAAAUGUACAGCGAUAACGGGACAAAUUUCGUUGGGGCUGAGAGAGAGCUUCGGGAAGCACUUCAAAAUAUAAACCAAAACAAGCUCAUAGAAACCUUUACUUCAACAUCAACUAAGUGGAAGUUCAUCCCUCCAGGAUCGCCGCAUAUGGGAGGAAGUUGGGAAAGGCUAGUAAGAUCUGUAAAAACUACACUUUACCAAGUUAUGCCAGACCGGAAUCCUUCCGACGAACUUCUCCGUAGUAUGCUCAUCGAGGUAGAAAAUAUCGUUAAUUCACGACCGUUAACAUACAUCCCUAUCGAUAGUGAAAACGAAGAGGCACUUACUCCUAAUCAUUUUCUGCUAGGCUCUUCGAGUGGUUCUAAACCACUAGCAAUAUUUGAUGACGACAUAAGGGUGCUAAAAAAUAAUUGGUUAAUAUCUCAGCAGUUCGCGGAACACUUUUGGAAACGAUGGGUACGAGAGUAUCUUCCCACAAUAACUCGUCGUGCAAAAUGGUUCGAGCCAGUAAAACAAAUAGAAGUCGGUGACAUAGUAGUCAUCACAGAUCCAAACAGCCCCAGAAAUUGCUGGCCAAAAGGUCGAGUGGUACUGACCAAAACUUCCAAAGAUAACCAAGUCCGCAGCGCCUUUGUCAAAACACAGUCGGGUGUUUACGAAAGACCUGUGAUUAAACUAGCGGUCCUAGACCUUACGAAUUCUCAAGAUGUAAGUCCACGGAAGGAUCUACCUGGGGGAAGUGUUGGCAAUGCUGUACAAAUUGUACCAGAAGAAUCCUCCCGUUGAGCUUACAGCUCCAAAAAGUAAAAAUGGCGGAUUUGAACUUCCGCCUUUUACAACUUGAUUUACUACCAGCCGCCAUUGUGAAAAAAUCACUUAAAAUUAAAUCUUAGCUUAAAUCUUAAAAACUAACUUAAAUAUACUAAGAUACCGAUUAAACAUAAAGAAAAUAAAAAGAAGAAAAAACUAUUGUAAGUAGUAUAAAAUAAUACCUUUCUAUGUAAAUAUAUUA